AUGGUGUCAACUCAUAAUCGUGAAAAGCCAUGGGAUACUCCAGACAUAGACAAGUGGAAGUUGGAGGAGUUUAAGGAGGAAGAUAACGCCAGUGGACUUCAUUUUACUGAAGAAUCCUCGUUUAUGACAUUAUUCCCCAAAUAUAGAGAAAAUUAUUUAAAAUCGAUAUGGGCCGAUGUCACAAGUGCCUUAGACAAACAUCAUAUAUUAGCACAACUAGAUUUGGUCGAAGGGUCAAUGACGGUUAAAACCACGAGAAAAACAUUUGACCCUGCUAUUAUAUUAAAGGCUCGUGAUUUAAUUAAAUUAUUGGCCAGAUCGGUACCAUUCCCACAAGCAGUAAAGAUCUUACAAGAUGAUAUUGCGUGUGAUGUGAUUAAGAUUGGGAAUUUUGUGAAUAAUAAAGAAAGAUUUACUAAAAGAAGACAAAGAUUAGUUGGGCCCAAUGGUAAUACAUUAAAAGCUUUAGAAUUAUUAACCAAAUGUUAUAUUUUGGUACAAGGUAACACCGUCAGUGCCAUGGGUCCCUUCAAAGGAUUGAAAGAAGUAAGAAGGGUGGUGGAAGACUGUAUGAAGAAUGUUCAUCCGAUUUAUUAUAUCAAAGAAUUAAUGAUAAAACAGGAAUUAGCGAAAAAACCAGAAUUAGCAAAUGAAGACUGGUCAAGAUUCUUACCUAUGUUCAAGAAGAGAAACGUUGCUCGUAAGAAGGUUAAGAUGAAUGCUAAAGAAAAGAAAAUCUAUACUCCAUUCCCACCUGCACAAACUCCUAGAAAAGUUGAUUUACAAAUUGAAAGUGGUGAGUAUUUCUUGGGUAAGAAGGAGAAGCAUUUGAAAGAAUUACAGUCAAAGAGAGAAAAACAAGAAGAGGUUAGUGAACAAAGACAACAGGAAAGAUUAAAGGAUUACGAAGCACCAGAAGAAGAAGUCCAUGAAAAUAAAUUAUUAAAAAAGGAAAAGAAGGAAAAGAAGGAAAAGAAAGACAAAAAGGAAAAGAAGGAGAAGAAAGAAAAGAAAGAGAAAAAGGAAAAGAAGAGAUCAGCAGAAGACGAUGAAAAACCAAAGAAAAAGAAGAAGGAGUCUGAAGAUUAA